AUGGCGUACUCAGUGAACGACCCUGUACAAAUCCUGGCUCACGUACAUUCGUAUGCUAUCACCCAGGCUUUGGUGGGAGCUUGUCAUCUUCGACUGUUCGACCACAUGGAAAAUGCUGGGAUCGCUUCGAAACAACUGGCGGAGAAUUUGUACGCUGAUCCUGAGGCGAUGGAAGAGCUGUUGAAUGCGUUGGUGUCUCUAGGUUACGUGGAAAAGAUAAAUGCUGGUAAUCGGACCGUCCAGUAUAGGAAUACGCCCAUCAGCAGCACGUACUUAGUUACCACAAGUGCACAAUCGCUGUAUCCAUACAUUAUGAUCCAGGGCCAGGUCGCUUACCCUGUACAGGCUAACUUCAGACAUGCCGUCCAGGAGGGAAAGGCUCAGGUUGAACGAACUUUCGGACACGCCAGAUAUUUCACCAAUAUUCUGGCGAAUGACCAGAAGAAAGCGAUGGGUUUCUUCGCGUCCAUGCACGCCCUCUCACGUGUCUUUCACUGCCCCGUUGCCUUGGAAAGCUUCGAUUUAUCAGCGUAUCGUGAGGUCUGCGAAUUAGGUGGUGGUACCGGGAUGGUGGCCCUGGCCCUAGCUCAGACCUACUCGACGAUGAAUAUCACGGUGUUUGACCUGCCACCAGCUAUCGAGGCGGCGGAUAAAUUCAUACCAUUAUCAAGCAAACCUGAAAAUCUGAGAUUUCAGAAGGGGGAUUUAAUGAGGGAUUCCCUGCCGUAUUGCGACCUGUAUGUACUCUCCCAUAUCAUUCACACGUACAGCGAAGACCAGGCGAGUUACAUAUUGAAACAAGUCUACGCUUCUUUAUCCCCGGGCGGCGCUGUUCUAAUCCUAGAGAACCUAUACAACGAUGACAAACGCGGUCCCCAAUUUACUCACAUGUUUUCUCUGAGUAUGUUGGCAUUUAGCGGAACGAGACAACGAUCGUUUCCAGAGCUGAAGUAUCUCCUUGAAAGGCAAGGGUUCAAGAACAUUGAAGCAAAAAGAACCGGGUCGCUGUCUGAUGCUGUUCUUGCUCUGAAACCGGCUUUACAUUGA